AUGGCUCUUGUCGCUGUCCGCCGGUCAGUACCCAAUGAUCACAGCUGCUUGUUCUGGGCAAUCGCGUAUCUCGCAGAGGGGCCAGAGUCCGGCGGACGGGAGAAGGCCAGGCAGUUGCGGGAGGUGUGCGCGAAGGACGCGCUGGAGGACCCGGACCCGGCGACCCGCGCCCUGAUGCUCGGUUUCGAUAGCGUUGGCGAGUACGCCACAUGGAUCCGGAACGAGUUCCAUUGGGGCGGCGAGAACGAGGUCCUGGUGCUCGCGAGGCACUACAGGCUCGAGGUGGCUGUCGUCUGCUGCCAGUCUCUGCGCGUGCUGUACUACGGAGCCGAGAUCCCUGGCUGCACGGGCCGCGUCAUGCUGCUGUACACGGGGCAGCACUACGACCCCCUGGUGUUCGGCCCGGGCCCGGAGGUGUCCGUGGCGGAGCAGCAGGCGAAGCUGGCCUCGGGCGAUGCCUCGCGGGAGGCCACCGCCCUGCAGGUGGCCGUCGCGCACAACGAGGAGGCCGCGAGGAGGGCGAGCCAGCGGCGCGCCAAGAAGAUCAAGUGCGGGGGCUGCGGCGCCAUCCUGGACGACAACGAGGCCUUCGCGGCCCACUGCGGCGAGGUGGAGCACGACGACGACUUCGCCUACGACUGCGAGAUGGUGGAGGUCGUGAUCGAGGCGGGCGAUGGACUCCCAGAGGGUUCGGUGGACCUGACGUCCGACGCGGUGCACACUUUCAACAACACCGAGCGGGAGCCCCUGGCCCAUCAGCAUCCGACCCCGGUCAACGUCGGCGGCGUGCUGUAUCCGACCCUGGAGCACUACUGGCUCGCCGCCCCCUUCUUGGGGCAGGGUAGUAGAGGCAUUGCGGAGCAGAUCGCCAGGACACCCACGGUCGACGAGGCCACCAUCAUAGCGAACGGCGCAGAGCCCAAUACACAGCGCGAGGACUGGCGCGAGAAGAGGAGCGAGCUGUUGAUGGAGGGGCUGAGAGCAAAGGCCGCGCAGAGCGAUGUUUUCAAGGCAGCCCUCGUGGGGACUGGAGAGAAGAUGAUCGUGCUGGUCAGCACCGACCCCUGGGCUGGCAUGCAGGCCCCAGGUGGUAUCGCAACUGGGCAGAACAACGUUGGAAAAUGCCUCGUUGCUCUUCGAGAAGAACUCCGAAAGUGA